GCCAAAUGUGUCGGACGUCGUUUUUUUUAUUCUAAUGAACAUCGACAUGCAUCUCUUUUUUGCGAUAUGCACCAUGAUGGUUUUAAAUUUCGGAUUUGUAGAACUAGAAGACAGUGACAUUUUGGGGAUUUUGAGACCAUCGUGUCGGUUUGAAAUGCACACCAGUCUGGUGCAGUGGGACGAGGCGUACCAGGCCUGCAAACACCGUGGUCUCACACUGGCGAGUCUCGGCGAUCACGCUGUUCUCAGCACCUUGUCUAGCUUCUUGGAGAAGGCUCAGUCCGUUUAUUCACCUAAAAUCAGCACGCUAGAUAGCAGGAAAUACUGGGUUGGUCUACACAUGGAAUCGAGUGCCGGCGGAUCCUCCGAGUUUCACUGGGGAGACUGUGUCAUCAGCGCCGACAUCACCAAUAGAUUUAACAGUCUGACGAACUACGCCGGGGACACCGCUUGUGGUUACGUCAACUCAGAGUCUCUCAGAUUAACAGCAUGUUCUAACACAGUAUCGUUAGGCUUCAUAUGUGAAAAUCCAAAUGGCAUGGAUUCCUGUUUCACAAAGGCAUACACCACUAUGUUCUCAAUGGGUUAUGAAAGUAAAACUGCUCUGACGUCAUCUAAUUGUGCCUCGAAGUGCCUUACGUCAUCAAGUUGUGGAGCAAUUUACGUCACUGCCGGCGAUUCUUGCUCCAUUUUGCGCUAUGAUACUGACCAGUCUAGCAGCAUGUCGGCAUCUCAUCUAUUGUCGACUCAUUAUUACCAUCGACGGUUCCUCUAUAACGGGCCAUACAGUUUACCCUUUAUUGUUGAUCCGACUGAGGACGAGCUGUGCAAUCUCCCGCUUCUUUCACCGAUUGUUACGACAACAAUCUCUGACGUCACAACGACAGAGAGCAUUGUCCCAACAACAACAACAGAAAUUACUACAGAACCAAUUGACACGUCACAGCCCACUGAAGAAAUAACGACAGAUGAAACCACGGAAAGUGACGUCACAACACAAGCAAAUGAAGUGACAACUGCGGGUGACGGAGUGUCAACAACUGCAAAGAUUUCUGUUCACAAUUUUUCUUCAUGUGUCUGCGUCUGUGUAGAAAAAAAUAUAACAUUGGAGGAAAAAAUUGAACAAAUGGUUUCAGAGUUGAAAGUAGACACUUCAGUUCUUUCAUCAACAAUCAGAGAAAAGGCUUGUGCUGAAGAUCCAAGACCUAGUGCGAGAAAUGUUGGAAUUCUGGGAAUCGCGAUAUUUACUGUUCUGUUUGGAUUCAUAAUAUCUUUGGAUUUUAUUCGAUUCUUUCAAGCAGCUGAGCGAUAUAUUGUAAGGAAAAAACAGUCAUCAGAAUCUGAUAGUAGUGGUUAAUAUGGUUAUAGUUGCAUGGUGUAUAAAACUUGUGGUGUAGGAAUUUUGAAAAUAUGUAUAACAUGUUUUCAAAGACAAUGCUAGUAUAACUGUGGUAUCAUUAGAAUCCAUGGCUGCUCAAUUUAUUGUUUUCAUCAUGUUUGGACGAUUUUUAAUAAAUAAAAGAAAAACAAUUCCUGUGAAAGAAGUACAAUACAAAUGGAUGAAAGGAAAAAUAUCCAAAAUGUUUUCAUGACACAGAUUUAACUAAAUACUAAGAUAAAAGCACUAAUUAAAUAGUGCUAAUAAUACAUAUAUACAAAAUGUGUACCUCAUUAACAAUCAAUUUUUAUUUCAUUGUUAGUAAAAAACCGUUAAUCAGACAAAUAUCUGCACCUAAGUCGAUAAUGGACCACACGUCUCCUAAAACAACACAAACAAACAGCCCUGUAUCUGGGGCAUAUUACACACCUGAACAGGGAAAAGUGAUAUGGUGUUUAAACAAUUAACUUCUAAUUAAAACAGUAAUGUUUAGCCUUUAUUUAUUUAAAUUAGAUUUGUGUUGAUUUUGAGUAAAUGUGUAUUUGUUUGUAUAACACUGAGUACAUGUAACAAUUGUCCAUUUUUAUCAUGCUCGCAGACUUUAAAUAUAUAUCGGAAAAUAAUCUCCAAAAUCUACAUGUUUGUCAAUAAAAUCUUAACACAAAGUAUUUAAAUUUGAUUAUUUUAAUUUUAGUGAACUUUUAAAAAUCCCCAAAAUAGGCCACAAUUUUGUUAUUUUUAAAACAUUGUCAAUGA